ACGUUUUAUUGUUAUCGCAAUUUGUAACGUUUUUUAUUGUUUGUCGUUUGACUCAUUGACUAGAGACAACAACUCUCUGCCGAAAAUUGUGCUUUUAUUGUUAUAUUGUGUCAUUUUGUGCAUAAUAUACCGAAUAUUUCUUAGUUAAUUAUUUUGUCCGAUUUAUAUUAAUAUAAUCAUCAUGGUUUAUGUAUGCCUUGUGAAAGGUUGUAUAAAUUCGUUCAAGUAUACAACGAAGAAGUGUAAACUAUUUAAAUUUCCAAAAGACGAAUUAAUGUCCAAGCAAUGGUUGAUAAAUUGUAAUCGGAAAGAUUUAAUUGGAAAAUCAUUGGAGUACUUCAAGGUUUGUUCAGAUCAUUUCUUGGAAUGUAUGUACAAAACUGCAGAAAAAAAAGUUCUAUUGCCUCAUGCUGUUCCUACUGAUUUCACAAUGAUUCCUAAAGAAGAUUCUUGUACUACUACGGCCUGUCAAGAUACAAGUAUUUCCAACCCAAUAUCUAAUGCUUCAGUUUCUACAAGUACUCCAUUAAACCAAGAAGAGUCAUUUUCUUAUUCUUGUUUACCAUCUCAAAGUACAUCAUGUUCGACUGAUCAACCAAUGUCCUCAUCAACACAAACGACUCAAUUACUCUCAUUACAUACACCUAGAAAACAAAAGUACGAGUAUAGAGCUCAACUUCAAAACAUUAAAAAUAAAUAUGAACAAUUAGAACAGAAAUUUGAAGCAUUGAGUCAAGAAGUACACAAAAAAAGUUGUGCAAAUGAAAUAGAUGUUACUUCAGUAGAAUUAUUUAAUCGAGUUGUUGAAGCACAGUUACCUCCUAAUCUGAGCAUGGUUAUUAAACAGUAUGUACAAAUGGGCAAGAGAAAACCUCAAGGCGUGCGGUAUUCAAAUGAAAUCAAGCAGUUGGCUCUAACAAUAUUUUUCUUUGGUCCUCAAGUAUACACAUUUUUAAAAACAUUGUUGCUAUUACCCAGUCCAAGAACUUUACGAAGAAUAACACAGAAAAUUUAUAUAGUACCUGGAUUAAAUGAUGUCAUAUUUGAAACCAUAGAAUUGAAAAUAAAUAAUCUAAAUGAUGAUGCAAAGGAUUGUGUUUUAUACCAAGGAUUAAAUCGCCUUGCACCGAAGUUAACUGAAAUUCAUAUCAAUCCAGGACCAUUCCAGAAAAUGAAAGUUAAAUAUGCAAGUCAAAUUUUUAGCAACACUGUAGCAGCUGGUAUGAAAUGUUGUGUUCAAGGUGGUACAUUGCCUUCAACUGCAAAUGCUACAAUAACGUUUAUUGAACAUAUGGACAAAUUAUUUGACUUGUUAAAUUAA